CGCCAUUUUUCGUUAGACUGACGCCAUUUUCAUUCAUGUCUUGUCUAUGAUAGCACGGCACGAGGACGAAGCACGUGAAGCAAAACUUCGUAGUCUGUGGCGAAACCAUUAAUAAUUUAUUACCAGAAUCUUUCCGCAUUAAACUUAAAAUCAAGUGUCGAAAGAGUGUUUAAAAAAAUCUGUGUUUCAAGAAACAUCUUGUCUUUAUGCGAACAUGUAUCAAGACUUCACAGUUGACCGCAAUGGUUAUGUAAAUGUCUACAUUGAUGGUGCCUGCCCUGGAAAUGGUAAUCAGGGUGCAAGAGGUGGUAUUGGUGUGUGGUUUGGAAAUAACCAUCCAUUGAAUGUAAGUGAACCAUUAAGAAGACAUGAAUUUAUUCAUACAAAUCCUACCAAUCAGGUGGCUGAAAUAAAAGCUGCCAUCAGAGCAUGUGAACUCUUGAGAAAUUAUGGUGCCCGACGUGUUGUCAUCUUCACCGAUUCUCAAUACUUGAUCGAUUCAAUAACCGAUUGGAUUUUCACAUGGCAGAGUAAUGGCUGGCGGACCUUCCAAGGUCAACCUGUCGUACACAAAGCAUUGUAUCAAGAGCUUCUUUAUUUGACUCGAGAUUUCGAUUGUGUUGAAUGGUCUCAUGUUCCUUCGCACUACAACAAGGCCGACUCCUUGGCUAAAAUAGGGGCUGAAAGCUAUUAAAAUGAAGUUUUCAAUGCGACAUACUUUCUCAAUUAAUUUGGUUAUCUUACAUCAGAGGACUCCCCAUGCAAAUAAUCUUUAAAAUUUUUUGUUCUGUUGUAGGGGAAUUCAAUUUUGGUUUUAUUUAAUUCAUUUGAAUAAUAAUGUGUGUUACAUUUCUUCUUUUGUUCAUUGAAACUAGAAUUUGGAUAUAAAAUGUUAUGUUAUGCUAUGCAUAUUGUUUGGUUUCAGAAUUUUAUUUUUGUGAAGUUACACAAGAAAUCGUCAGUUCAUGCUGUAGCA